AAUUGCCCUAUGACCCUAGGGGCCGUUACUGGAUCGGCCUAAGCAAAGACAUCGGUAGCACAUCGUUGUUCUAUUGGCAAAAACAGAAUACAAAGAUUCCGGAGGACGUUAACAGAAUUAGACAGCACAGAAGUGAUCAGCUGGAAAAAUGCGGGUACCUAGCACGCUUCAACGAAAUACUGAGCAUAGAAAUGGAAGAAUGCGAUACCAAGCACUUCUCUGUAUGCCAAAAGGAAGCAUUAUGUAAACCAGGAUAUUUUGGCCGAGAUUGCGAGCGGCGGUGUCACUGUGAGGCAGAGCCUUGCGGCUCACAGCAGUUCUAUUUGCCAGGAGGUGUCACCUGCAAGUUUGGUUGUCAGACCAACUGGACAGGAAAAGCUUGUGACAGAGAACUGAAAGUUCCUGUUAUAAAAUAUUACUGCAUUAAUUCGGCAAAAAGUGGCAAAUUCGUCAACAUCAGGAUUGACACCAAGGGCGUGAAAUACAACACCAUCUACGGUCUGACGUCAAAGAAGUCGAGAGGCAACUGGUGCGACUCUACAGUUAUCGAUGUCCAGGACUCGAAUCUAACCACCAUCAGAAUCCCUGUCAACAACGGCACUACUGUACAAAUGGCUCACGGGGCCUGCGCUGGUCAG